GGAAACUCCCUUUGCGCUACUACACGCUACCAAUACGGACUCAGUAUUCAACAGGCCUAACGAAAGGUGGUAAGCAGCGACUCACAACAUGCUGCGCCGUGCUUGGAAGCCGGUAGCUGGCGCAACCGUCCUCAUUGGCACCCCAACAUACCUGUACUACGCGUAUUCCAAAACAAGCUCCCGGCAGACAUUCGACAUUCCCGUUCGUAUGCGCGGAUCCGACGGAAAGCCGUUCGUAAGGACGCAGCCCGUGCCGCUCCUUACGAGCCAAGAGGUGGAUGCGCGCUUGAAUGCGAAUGCUACCUCUACCGUGAGGCGAAGACCGAGCGGAAUUGUAUGGAAGUGGUCCACCGCAUUUGUUCCUUCCAAUGACCCCAUAGAAGACGCCAACGCUGCAGUACUUGUGCAACGCGACGAGCUUGCUCCUCAGCAUCAGUCCGCUGAGGAUGUUCUAUUCUUUGCCGUCAUGGACGGUCACGGAGGUUACGACACCUCUCGUCUACUCUCCAGAAUCCUCAUACCUGCCGUCGCUUUGGAGUUCAGGUCUCUCAUCGAAGAACCUCCAGUGUAUCGCAAAACAGGGCUUACCGACCGUCUCCAGUUGUGGCUAGGAACCUCAAAACCGGCAGGAUUUGAUGCUGAUCCCACAUACGUGUCUCUCGCAAUUCAGACGGCCUUCUCCAAUGUUGACUCCGACAUCAUCAAUGCACCCAUACGGCUCUUGGCUGAGAAUAUUUCAACCGAGGCCAAAGAGUCGAGAACCGUGCCCGACCUCAGUCAGCAUCCCAUGGCGCUCGCUACCAUGCUCCCAGCCAUGUCCGGAAGCUGCGCUCUCAUGGCUGUGCUGGAUACCAAGCAUGAAAAUCUGUACGUCGCAUGCACUGGAGACGCCAGAGCUGUCGCUGGUUACUGGGACGAAACAACAACCGAGGGCAGCGGCUCAUGGCGAGUUGAGGUUCUCAGCGAAGAUCAGACUGGUCGAAAUCCUAAAGAACUUGCCAGAGUACAGUCCGAACAUCCAUCGGAUGAAGCACAGUACGUUAUCCAACGAGGUCGUGUACUGGGCGGUUUGGAGCCCACACGCGCCUUCGGAGAUGCACGUUACAAAUGGCCCAAAGAAAUGCAAGAAAUCCUGAGUAAGGCCUUCUUGGAAGGGAACAACCGUAGCAUGCGGCCAGCUUCGUCGCUCCUCAAAACACCUCCAUAUGUCACUGCGCGCCCGGUGAUCACCCACCGCAAGCUCGAGGUUCCUCUGUCACUUGACAAGCCCCAGCACACUUCCACAUUGCGCUUCUUGAUCUUGGCGACCGAUGGUCUCUGGGACAAGCUAUCAUCGGAGGAGGCUGUUGCGCUGGUCGCGGGCCACUUGAAGGGCUUGAAAGGCGCCAUCCCUAAAACCAGCCUGCCGGAUCUCGUGCGGACCGCAUCGGGCACGCCUACGGUAGAAGGCAAGGACAAGCGGAAGGAUCCUUCGAACGAGGGGUCGUGGGCGUUCGUCGAUGACAACCUCAGCGCCCAUCUCAUCAGAAAUGCCUUCGGAGGCGGAGAUGAAGACUCGCUGCGGAAGUUGAUGAGCAUUCCGGCUCCGUACUCCCGCAGCUGGCGCGACGAUGUGACGGUCACAGUUGUCAGCUGGGAACGGGAUUCCGAGAUUCCGCCUCCAAGCCUAAUACCCAAGCUGUAGGCGCCAUGAGGAAGUUCACGCUGCUCGGACAGAAUGCAAUGGACAGUUAUCAUUGAUGAUAAACGCAUGAGUGGUAUGCGGAGAGAACAACGUGAUGUAUACAACAUGAUGGUAGGUAUAACAAGUCUGGCAGGAUGUCAAGGAAUGGUCUAUAUAUGACCUAGCACUAAAACCGCUUUCUAUGCCUGUUCUUGCUGCCGUACUUGUGGAUGACAUGUUGCCUUUUCGGUGAAUCUUGCCGGCGUAGGUUAUUGCUCCCCGACAAGCGACUGUAAGGGUUCACGGCGCCCCCUCCGAAGUUCGAUUUGCGACCAAUGGAAUUGGUCGCCCAUCGCUUUCCAGAGCUGGAGACCGAUGGGUAGCUCGGUCUUGAUUUAGUCGCGGACAAAGGUUCACGGACGGAUCGUGCUUCGUCGCCGUCAUCGAACUCCUCAGGUGACUUCCGCUUCUUGUUCUUUGAAGAACCAUAGAAACUACUGACGGCUAUCGGAACCGCGGGAGACGACGGCACGGCGGCUGAGCUGGGAGGCCCGGCUGGCGGAGACGACGUCGGACCCGCGCGAUCCGCCUUCUCGUCUUCGUUGUCUUCGUCAUCGGAAUACAUCGCAAGCAGCUGAAGUGCCCCAGACGACUUGGACUGGGACACAAUCGGGGUUUUUGGGGGAUCCUGAGCCUUUGCAUUCUUCAGAUUCGACCUCGGGGGAGUAGAAGGAGCAUCGGUUCCGCUUGCGCACGGAGGGGUAUCGGGGUCGAAUAAAUAAGACGUGCAGGGAGCAUACCCGCUUCUGUCCGGAGCGGUAUCGGGGUCGAAUAAAGGCGCGGGGAGCAAUGGUCCUAUGAACCGUUUCGAGGUUUCUCUACGGGGCUCCGCCGAAAUUCCUAGGUCCUCUUCGUCGCUGUCCAUGAUCUUGCGCUUCUUGGCACCAUCGACACCACCUGCCCGGGGUGCCGACGGCGACUUGCCGGUCAGCUUGACCGCAGCCUCCAAUGCCUGGCCCUUCUCUUGCAUAUAGAAGAGCAUAUACGCGGCCUUCUUGCCUAGUACAUGACUGGUGAAGCUAACCAGCUCGUCGUUCGUCUCGUACCACUUUCCGCUUGGUGCUUUCACGAAGGCGUAGUAGUGGCCUGAGUUUGGACCGCUUCCCGCAUGGCAGAUGACGCCAUAUAAUGAGUACACUCGCCCAGGAACCCCUUCACUCAUGUAUGGUUCGAGGUCAAGGCGUUCUGGAUAGUCGAGCAUAUGACCAAUUUUUCUGCCCAGAGGUGAAAAGCGUUUGAGAUGGACGGUGAGGAUUAAUGGCGCCUCGGCGAUGGUGAAACUUUUGUCUGCAACGACUGCACGCUUGCACUUUUCGCAUUUGUACUUGUUCGCGCCCUUCAGAGUGUCGAUUGCAACGAACUUGCGCAACGCCUCCUUCAAAGUUGAGCAGCCUUGGAUAUCAACGCUGAGGUCUAGUACACUGUCGAUCGUGUCGCUGUUGUGUUUGCAUUCACGGCAGUGCACUCGCGAGCGCAACCGCCCGCCGAAGAUUUGGUGAACCCAGGU